CGUAACAUAUCGAAAUGUCGAAAAGACCUGUGUUGGAUCCUUUUCAACCAAAAAUUACAAGGAAUGAUCGAUUUGCUCAAAUGUCCCAUCAAGAAAAAGUCAUUGAGCAGAAGAAACGCGAAAUUCAAGCAAAACUGGAAGCUAAAGAGAAAGAAAAAACAGCCAAAGUAGAUAAUAAUAGUAAAUCGAAAAAUGAAAUGUCAAAAAAUAAAGAUUCUAUAAAAAGCCCGACGUCUCAAAAAGAUGUCAAAAACAUAUUUUCUAAUGAUGGUACAUUUCUCGAUCAGUUCAAGCAAUUGAAGGAUGCUAAGAAAUUUGACGCAAAAUUAAAAUCAUUCAACAAGUUUAGAGAUCAUGGUGAUAAAAGUUAUAAUGAAGAAAGAGGCAAAUCGAAUAGAUGGACACCCCGCCGUCGCUCACCUUCACCUAAACUCCAGAAACGUGUUUCUCGUUUCUCUUCUGAUAAAGUCCCAAAUUUUGAACCCAAAAUCACUAUAAACACUUCUUUCAGUACCUCCAUGACUCAAAACUUCGAGGCUCAACCUGUAACCCCUCAAAAUGUUACUGGCCAACCACUGUUAAAGAACAUAGUAUCUACAAUUGCUUAUCCUAGCAUACCACAACAAACCGCUGUCAGCGAAACCGUCAUAACGGCCCCUCCAGUGCUUUUAAAUGUCCCUCCCCCUCAAAUCGUACAGGAACAGAUCAGCAAUACGUUAGUUUUAACCCCCAUUCCUCCUGCUCAGAAUGUAUUGGUGUCUACGCCUCUGCAGAAUCCGAUUUUAACUACGGUUACUUUACCACCAUCUCUAGUUACGACUAAUAUUCCUAUUUCUGCCGUCUCGGCCCCACCGGCCUUGCCAGUGCCGCCUCCCGUUUUACCGACUGUCGAAUUGGCUUCUAUCCCGCCACCGAACCCUAUUCAAGUUCAGAAUAUUCCGCAACCGGAACCGAUAAACACACUAAACAUCCCUCAUCCCGCACCUAUACAAGUUCAGAACAUUCCCACACCUAGUUCGAUUCAGUUGAAUGAAAUCCCUAACCCAAAACCUUUGGAUUUACUAGCGAUUCCCCCUCCUAACGAAGAUAAAAACAUGUCAGAUCCUGAUUUUAUUAAAAAUAUCCCCCCUCCGAAUAAGUCCAUACCGCCUCCCCAAAUAACAGAAAAUCAGGGAUUAAAUGCUAUAACUUGCUUACCUCCGAAUCUGAUGCCGCCUUCGCAAGCCAUAGCGCAACCUACUUUGGCCGCCACAAGCACCCAAAGUAUUUUGGUGCAUACCGUUCCACCACCCAGUCAGAUUCAGGCCUUGCAAAACAUCCAACCUGCUCCGUCUAAUCAGAUCUUGCAGACGCAAGCCACUUUUUCCUCGGUUACUGUCGCUUUGCCUGUGGGAGUCGUGCAAGUGUCCACCACACCCACGAUAGCAAAUACAAUUCCCUCGUUGAUGGCACAACCUAUUUUACCGCCGCCUGGGAUGGGAGUUGGCGUAAACAUAAAUUGCCCUCCUCCCGCCAUGCACGUUCAGAGUUCAGCGAAUGGUUUGCAAAAUCCUCCGCCUGCUUUCGUUACUCAGCCACCCUCCCUGACAAGUCAGAUGCCUCCGAUGAACGUGCCGCCUCCAACCAACGUGCAGCUGCUGAGUAAUGUCGGCUUUAAGGACUUGAAUGCAGUUUUCCCCCCAGGUUCCCCAGAUUACGAGGCGAUGGCGUCCCUGGGACGCAUGGUGGCCGAGUGUGGGCAGGGUAUCGAGGACAUCGUUAGACAACGAAAAAACCAAGAUCCCAGUUUGUGGUUCCUAUUUCAUAAAGAAUCGGCGGCUUAUCGACAGUAUCACGGGCUCGUCCAGCAAUUUAAGAAAGAGGUAGAGGAUAAGAGAAUGGCGGAAACCAAAGAAUUCAUUGCAAAACCCGAGGAUAUAUACGAACCCGAAAUGGCGUUAGAAGAAACCGACAGGGUGAUGGUGAAAACUGAGAUUAAACAGGAGGAAGAAUCAUGCGAAGGGUCCGAGAAAAAAAGGAAACGAAAAAGCAGGUGGGGCGAUAAGGAAUGUAACGUUCCCCCGCCCACGGUUGUGUUUAAUCAAGCCUCCUGUGUCAGUCCGGUUCUUCCCGUUAUGCCACAACCGCAAAUCAAUCAGGGGUCCGUUAUGCUUUCCAAGGUUACACGUUCCGACCCGGGUUUACUCCAGUACGCGAUGAACACGUACGGCUCCACCAAUUUAACCGAGGAAGACUGGAAAAAGGCGGAAGACCACUACAAGAUAAACUUGCUCUACCAGGACAUGGUGAAGAAAAGGGAGGAGGUGGAACGCCUCAAGUUGGCCGGGCAGAACAAGUACGACUACGAUUCUGACGAGGAAACCGACGGGGGCACCUGGGAGCACAAAUUGAGAGAAAAGGAAAUGAUGGCGACCCAGCUGUGGGCGCAAGAGCUGACCCGUCAGGCGGAGGGCAAGCACCACAUAGGCGACUUCUUGCCUCCCGAGGAACUUAAACGGUUCAUGGAGAAAUCCACCGCCGUCAAGGAGGGCCGUCUGCCGAACUUUUCGGAUUACAAGGAAUUCAAGAUAAAGGAGGAUAAUAUCGGGUUCAAAAUGCUCCAGAAGCUCGGGUGGUCCGAGGGAGAGGGACUCGGUUCGAGCGGCAGCGGAAUCGUAGAACCGAUAAACAAGGCGCCUCCUCGCGAGCAUACGCAAGGCUUGGGGUUAAACCAGGUCGAUGAAGACGAGGACGAAUACGAAUCGUAUAGGAAGAGAAUGAUGUUGGCGUACAGGUUCCGGCCGAAUCCCUUGAACAACCCGAGGAGGCCCUAUUAUUAAUUGCAUCAAUUAAUUUUUGGAAAUCAUGAGCUUAUUAAGUUAGUGGAUGUUUAUCGUGUACCAUACUGUAUAUAGAAUAGAUGGAAAUAUAGAAGUU